UUGAGAGUCGCUUAGAGUAAAAUAAUAUAGGGUUGAGAUAUUGCCAUGUCGGUUUGAGCUAUUGACAGCCGUUGGAUAAGUCUUAAAAGGACGGUCUAGAUUGAAAGAUGAUAAUCUAGGUCUAGAUCUCAGCCGUCCGUUAGGGUUCGGAGUGGGUUUCGCUGAUAGUGAAAUAGCGAAAAGAUGAUGAGAUGUGAGCACAAAAGGAAGACAGAGGGAGUUGGGUAGAGAGAGAUAGGGAAAAAAAACGAAAAGAAAAAGAGAUAGAGAGAGAGGGAAGGAGGAGGAGAAGAGGGAAGAAGAUAAGUGAAAAACUAAGAUCUUUCUUCGGGGAAGUAAGGAGGAAGAUCUUCAGGGCUGAUUGAAUCAAAUUCUUCUUUUGUUGCAAUAGAUUGGUUUCUUUUAAGACCGGUGGUCGUGACUCCAUAUCCGGAUAAUUUAUGUUAGGUUUCCGGUGAUGAGAGUUGGGAUUAGUUAUCUGGGUAUAUUUGAUUUGGAAAGAGAAAGUAAAACCAGGGAUGGAUAGAAAUAGAGAAGCAAGAAGAGCAUCCAUGGCGGCCACAAAUGGCUUGUCAAGACGUAGACACAGAACUGGGAGUUUGAGAGACUCUCCAGAGGAAGAUGGACCAGUCGAGUUACAAGAAACGGCGAGACUAAGGGAUCGAGGGAGUGGGAAGAAAGAUCGAGAUCGUGAUCGGGAUCGAGAGCGUGAACGAGAGCGAGACCGUGAUAGAGACCGAGAAAGAGAUCGUUUAAGCCGGAGCAAGAGGAGAAGAGGGGAUAGGAUGAUGCACGGCAACAGAGAAGAUGGUGUGGAUGAUAGCUCUGAGGAAAGCGUAAACGAUGAAGAAGAGGACGAAGAUGAAGACGGAGGUGGUGUUGGCGGUGGUAGUGGCUCCUUAAGGAUGCUUCCUCCCACGAACCCACCAGCGUCUUUAUCAACCUCCUCCAUGCUUCAUCAUCAGCGGAAGAGCUUCCCACCGGCGAAGAAUUUUAGAGGAGCGCCGGCGUGGAAGGUUGCAGACGAGAUGAUUGGUGUGUCGGUACCCAGAAAAGCACGGUCAGUUUCUACUAAGAGGUCGCACGAAUGGAGCUCAGCGAUUGGUAUUGUUGGUGAACAAGUUCACCGGCAGGCUUCGACAUCUCCAGUCCGACCGAGCGUUUCGGCGGUGCCGACUGUGGGGUGUCAAACUCCCGUCUCACCGUCUUCUUCCAAUGCUUCGGUUCGGAAGAAGCUGAAGUCUAAUGGACCAAAACUCCGACAACCAAAAACGACGACGUCUUCGUCUAAGUCGCCUUCUUCAGCUCAGGACGAGAUCGAGAUAGAGAUCGCCGAGGUCUUGUAUGGAAUGAUGAGGCAGCCACAAGGACCCACGAAGCAAGAUAUCAUGGCUUCCGAUUCAAUAAAAUUUGAAUCAAGAGAAACGAACCACAAAUCAACAAGUGAAGCAAACAAAUCCUCUGGUGACUCCAAAUCCAGAGUUUCAUCUCCGAUCUCGGGCUCACAGCAAUACGGAAUUCCUCAAUCAUCGUCUCGUUCAUCUCUGACUGCUGUUGAAGGUGCGGUGCCCGCUUGGGCGUUUUGUGUUGCACCCAAGAGAAAAAAGCCUCGACUGGUUAAGGGUGACUCUAAGUAUGAAGAAAUGACCAAAUCUUCCUUUUUAACGGUUCAGAUCAAUCCCAAUCCUUCUACAAGCCGGCUUCCAGCUGAUCAGACGGAGAAAACAGAGACCUCAUCUGCUAAUUUGGAGAAAGCUGGUGGAUCAGCCACUGAAAACGGAGUAGUUGCCUCCAAUAUAGCUCAAUCCCACUCUAUAUCCGCUAUGUCAGAGGCGGGGACAGCCUCUGCUUCGGCGGUGCAGCCCGAGCCAAUUAAGGUAGAGAACAGCCUCGUAUCAGAGUCGAAGCUGGUUUCUGAUAAAUUAGAGAAUCGGGAUUUGGGAGUGAACAAAGAAGAACCUCAAUCGCCCAAGAAGGAAUUUUCUGGGCACAGAUUGGACGACAAGCGCGAGACUUCAACUGCUACUAAACCGAAUUCAACAACUUCCGAUGUUGAGAGACAGCGAGAAGAAAAAUUCCAGAUAGAUCUGAUGGCACCACCUCCGUCUAGAUCGUCUCCGGAAAGAGAUAGUGAGAUUGAUUUUGUGGCUGUAGAUGCUAAAGCUAUGGCAGUAGAUACAGAAAUGGAAACAAAGCCUGUGAUAAAAGAAGAUGCCAAGGCAUUGAAAACCAGUAGAGAAGAGGCUUCAAAUGUGGAACCUGAUAAGUCGAAAGCUAUUACUCCUAUUCUUACUUCUAUUCCCCCAGUUGAUGAAGAAUCCAAGAAGCACCAGCCGCCUACAACUGUUGGCAAGGAGAGGAAUAUUGAUUUGCGGCUUGAUUUGGAAAAGGUUGAUAGAGAUACAGCCGCUGCUGCCCUCGUCCCCGGCAAUAAGCAACAACAUAUUACGAGACAGCAGCAGCAGCAGCAGCAGUUACACGCCAGUGACAAAAAUGCUCAAUCAGGCCCUCUACCAAUGCCAAUGUCCAUGGCUGGCUGGCCGAGUGGGCUUUCACCAAUGGGAUAUAUGGCACCUUUACAGGGAGUGGUAUCUAUGGAUGGAACAUCUGUUUCUUCUGCUGCUAUACAAUCACCGCCUUAUCUCUUUACUCAACCACGGCCAAAGAGGUGUGCUACCCAUUGCUACAUUGCAAGAAGUAUAUGCUGUCACCAACAAAUUGCAAGGAUGAACUCUUUCUGGCCAGCAGCAGCCGCUGCAGCAGGUUCUGGUUCUCUAUAUGGGGCCAAGGCUUGUAAUCUCAAUGUUUUGCCGUCGCCAGAUUUGCAUGGAAACAUUUCUGGCCGAGGAUUGAACGCAGUUCAGGACAAGGGUCAGGGUCUUGCUAUGUUUGCUGGCCAUACUGGAAAAGACAAGUCUUCCCAGGCAUCCAACGUUGUUGAUGCUGCCCAGAGAAAGCAAAUUAUGCUCCAGCAAGCUCUGCCCCCUGGUGCACCUAGUAAUAUAUUGCAAGGCCCUGCUAUCAUUUUCCCUUUGAGUCAGCAGCAGGCGGUUGCUGCUGCUUCUGUCAGACCUCCUGGAUCUGUGAAGUCUCCUCCAGCUCCUGGAAAUGCAAAUACCUCGAGUGCAUCUAAUCCUACUACAGCAACAGCACCGGCAAUGACCUUUAAUUACCCACCUAUGUCUGGAAACGAAACUCAGUAUCUUGCUAUCAAUGCCUAUCCGUUUCCUAUUCCUGCACAUGUUGGAGCUCCACCAGCUUAUAGAGGGAGUCCUCAGGCAAUGCCUUUUUUCAACGGCUCAUUUUAUUCUACCUUCCAUCCUUCACAACUUCAACAGCAACAGCUCUCUCAUUCACAGCAAAGUCAACAAGGUCACCAGAACCCAAGUAUUUCUAGUGGUUCUUCCUCGUCUCAGAAACAUUUGCAGAAUCAACAACAGAGGCCGCCACAUCCCAGUGGUGGUGUAAAUGGUGGUGGAAGUCUACAAGGCUAUCCCACCUCGAAAAACCAGUCUUCACAGCCCCUACAGCUUCAACAGCAACAACAGCAGCAGCAGCAGCAGCAGCAGCAGCGGCAUCAGCAAAACCAGCAUAUUUCGCAUGCAGCUCGCCAGCUUGAAUCUGAGAUGGGUGGUGAAGAUAGCCCUUCAACUGCUGAUAGUCGUGUUUCACGACCAAGUAUGAGCAUUUAUGGACAGAAUUUUACUAUGCCUUUGCAUGCGCCAAACUUUGCUUUAAUGGGUCCUGCAUCUAUGGGCAAUGCAAGUGGCCCAAAUGGUGCUGGUGGCAGUAAUGGGGAAAAGAAGCAGCAGCAACAGGGAUCGAAGAGUGUGGUAGAGCCGCCUCAUGCUUUUGCCAUGUCUUUCGCUCCCAUCAAUGGUGCUGCAAAUGCUCCCGGCAUUGACAUUUCUUCUAUUGCACAGCAGCAAGCUAUUUUAACAGAUGUUAGACAAGGAUAUCAGUACAUGGCAGUUGCACAAGCUUCAGCACAACAGAAGAAGAAUUACCGUGGUUCCGAAGAUGGAAAAAAUGGUGGGGACUCUUCUAAUUUGGAAGAAGAAAGAAAGAACAUGGCAGGGAAGGGUUCAUCAACGUUGGGGCAGUCUAUAGCUUUUUCGAGGCCAGAUUUGUCCGAUGUAUCUGGUUCGACAAUGCCAGGUAGUUCUGUAGUUGAUAGCUCUGCGAGAAAUAUCAACCUUGGCUCUACUCAACAUCGACCUGGUUCCGUUAUGACUGCCACAUCUAAUGCCCAGCAGCAACUUCAUCGGACUCAUCAACAGCAGCAGUUGCAGCAGCAACAACAACAGCAGAUGCUUCAGCUCCAGAAGCACCACCACCAUCAGCAACAGCAACAACAACAGCAGCAACAACAGCAGCAGCAGCAGCAACAAUUCACCAAUGCAGCAUCCCGAUCCAAGACACCAGCAACAAGUAAUGGCAAUGUGUACUCUGAUCACCACAACAAUUCAUCAAUGGCUGCUAAGUUCCCCAAUGCCUUAUCCACCUUUCCCUCAAACCUUGUUCAUAGCAAUAAUAGUCCAGCUCAUUCUCCUCAGUGGAAAAAUUCUGGAAGGUCAACGACUUCUCAAGCUCCCUCUCCAUCUAUGACCUCAUCAACCUCAUCUUCCCUUAAAAAUCUAUCUCAGCAGCCAAAUCGCACUCAACAGACACAUACACAAAUAUCUUUUGCAGCCAAUCCUAAACAACCAGGGCAAUCUCAAGUGCUGCAGAAUAGCAAUAGCAAUCAAUCUCCAUCUCCUCCAAUAAUGGUAGGGUCCCCCACGACUUCCUCGGUGUCAAAAAGUGCUGGUGGGAGCCCAAGGACAACUACUUCCACAUCCACAGCAAACAAAGUUGGCCAAGCUUCUUCAUUGUCAUCUCAGCAGGCCAAGAACUCCCCAUCCGUCUCCAACAUGAAGUCUUCUCCUGGUCCUGGAAAAAAUGUACAGUCAAUCCUUGGCAAUCCACACAUCACCUCUUCCUCCAGCACAGGAUCCAAGAAUUUAAUGUCGCAGCAGCAGCAGCAGCAAAUGCACUCUAAGCAAUCACUACAGCAUGCUCAACUAUAUUUCUCUUACAACAUUCCUAAUCAAACACCACAUUCUAAUAGCAACACCCCAACUACAGCAUCUGCAGCUGCUGCUGCAGCAGGAGCUUAUUAUUCUCAAAGACGUCGACCUGAGCAACAACAGCAGCAACAUAGUGGAUCAGGGACAUCGUCAAGUGGAAUGUUAACAUUGUGUCCUUCGGUUUCUCUAGGGAACACUAGCACAUCUGAUCCUGCCAAGGCUGUGGCGGCUGCAGCUGCUGCUGCUGCUGCUGGCAACAUGAAAGGUGGUGGCUUACCUUCUCAGGCACUUAUGCAUCCCCAAUAUGCUGCUGCACAAUCAGGGAGCCCACAUCAGCUUUUGCCGGCUGGCUUCCCUUAUGCCCAUGCUGUUCCAACUGCAGUUCAGGUGAAGCCAACCGAGCAGAAACAACCUGCUGGUGAGUAAGAAUGAUGUCAAUUAGAUCUUUUUCCAUUGCAACCCCAUUUCCACAAUGGCAAUUCUGUUUUAAACAAUAAAAAGAUAAAAAAGAGUUGCGGAAAAAGGUUGUUUCGGUGGGGGUUGCCAAAAUUUUGAAGGGAAUGACAGGUUUUCCCCCAGGGAAUGAUAAUUUGCAUGACUUCUGGCAGCCUGAGAAAUGAAAUAUUGCAACCUUUUGAAGAAGCACAACCAAGAGGAAGCAAAAACAAGUCAGAGCUUGAAGAAGCCACAAACCAUAUUGGCGCUUUCUGACAAAUGGGGAAGAUAAAAACAAAUAUAUUAGCCUUUUGGAAUGGAAUGUGCUUGAAAACUUGGAAGUGUAUUUAUCUACGUACACCCUUUUGUGUUUAUAAAAUCUGACAGGGUUGAUGGUGAAAGUCUAAUUGAAUUUGAUUGGUACGGUGGGUGAAGAGGAUGGGGAAUGCUUGGAAUAGAGCUCUGAUAAAUGUUUUCCUUUUUGUUAAUUCAAAUAUAUAUAUAUGGAUGGAAGAACAAUAGAGAGGGUAAGAGCAAAGACCCACCUUUCUUUCUUUUGGGGAUGUAACGAAGGUUUCUUUUUAUUUCUUCUUUUACUCAUCUCAAUUACAUUUUCUUUUAUUGUCCUCACUCUUGGAGGUCUAAUUUUUCCAGGAAAAAAAACCCUCAGCUUUUGGCGUAUAUAUUUAUUAUUAUGUGUAUCCCAAUGUGUAUAUGUCUUGGCACAUAUUAAAGCAACCCUUUCUCAAA